UCUGUUUCCGGCGGACAGAAAAGUAGUGAACACUGGAGGGUAGCAACAUCCGUUUCUAUGCUUGCUUAUAUCACAUUAUAUGAACCUUUAUUAAAUUAACUAUUUUACUGUUGUCGUUAUUUAACGAGCAAUUUGAAUAUAUUAUUAGUGGUAAUAAUAGGGCGCUGCAGUGAAACCGCGGGCGCGUGAGAUGAAAUGACAACGUCAACACUGCAGAAAGCGAUUGAGCUGGUGACUAAAGCCACAGAGGAGGACAAGGCCAAGAACUAUGAGGAGGCACUGAGACUCUACCAGCAUGCUGUGGAGUAUUUCCUGCACGCCAUCAAAUAUGAAGCACACAGUGACAAGGCAAAGGAAAGCAUACGUGGGAAGUGUAUGCAGUAUCUGGACAGAGCCGAGAAACUCAAGGACUACUUGAAAAACAAGGACAAACAGGGCAAGAAACCAGUGAAGGAAACACAAGGCAAUGACAAAAGUGACAGUGACAGUGAGGGAGAAAAUCCAGAGAAAAAGAAACUCCAGGAGCAUCUGAUGGGUGCGAUUGUGAUGGAGAAGCCCAAUGUGAGGUGGAGUGAUGUGGCCGGACUGGAGGGGGCAAAAGAAGCCCUGAAGGAAGCUGUCAUUCUACCCAUCAAAUUUCCACACCUGUUCACAGGCAAGCGCACUCCAUGGAGGGGUAUUCUUCUGUUUGGACCGCCCGGCACAGGAAAGUCUUAUCUGGCCAAAGCUGUCGCCACCGAGGCCAAUAACUCCACUUUCUUCUCUGUGUCUUCCUCUGAUCUCAUGUCUAAGUGGCUCGGAGAGAGUGAAAAACUGGUGAAGAAUCUGUUUGAUCUGGCUCGCCAGCAUAAGCCGUCCAUCAUCUUCAUAGAUGAGGUGGAUUCUCUCUGUGGAUCCAGAAAUGAGAAUGAAAGUGAAGCGGCUCGGAGGAUCAAGACGGAGUUCCUGGUGCAGAUGCAGGGUGUUGGUAAUAGCAGUGAUGGGAUAUUAGUUCUCGGUGCUACUAACAUUCCCUGGGUCCUUGAUGCUGCUAUUCGCAGGAGGUUUGAGAAGCGCAUCUACAUCCCACUCCCAGAGGAGCCUGCGAGAUCGGCCAUGUUCCGCUUACAUCUAGGUAACACUCCUCACAGCCUGACAGAGGCAGACCUGCGUCAGUUGGCCCGCAAAACAGAUGGAUAUUCUGGAGCCGAUAUAAGCGUCAUAGUACGAGAUGCUCUCAUGCAGCCUGUCAGGAAAGUGCAGUCCGCCACGCACUUCAAAAAGGUGCGAGGGCCGUCUCGCAGUAACAGUUCUGUGAUGGUGGAUGACCUCCUGACCCCGUGUUCUCCCGGUGACCCUGAUGCCAUAGAGAUGACCUGGAUGGAUGUACCAAGUGACAAACUACUGGAGCCCAUAGUGUGCAUGAUUUUGGGCCUAAACAUGUCGCGUGACAUCAUCACAACGUACAUUCAGCCAAAGGAAAGCCCACUUCGAAGUAGGCUAUGUGCGCUGACCUUGAAUUGAUCGACAAACAACUGUUUGCGCCGUUGCUUCGGCAAUGCAUCUGUCAGUCAGUCAACCACUGCAACAACCCUGCUCCCGUUGUGUGCACGGUUUAUAGUUACGUUCUUUUGCACUUUUUACUUUUUACAUUUUGUGUAUUCUUCAAAAGUAGGCCACUGUUACAUUUAAGGUUCUUUUUUUGUUGUAUUAUAAAAAUACUAAUCAACCCUGUAAAGCCUGAAAUAAUUAAAGCCUAAUAGUCAGAAAAUAUAUAUAUUUUUUAAACAGAAGUUUUUUUUUUUACCUUUUAGACAAAAUGUAAAAGAAAAAAGUUUGAAUGUGUUUUAUGUUUUGUCAUAUAUUUGAUACACCAGGAUUCACAAUAUGAUAUGGUGAGUAUGGAGGGGAAAAUUUUAUUCAGAGGCCAAAACUGAGCAAAAAAUGCUGUUUGCUGCGGUUGUUAUUUAUGACCAAAAAUGUAAGUCAAUGUAAGUUCUUGAGCUCAGAAAAGUAAUAAAAAUGUUAGAAGAAUACUGACUCUGGUGUAUUUUUAUUGAAAAACGACACAAGAAAUGCCGCAAAUUUUGAGAAAAGCCAUUUUAGUCAUUUUAAGUCAUUUUAAGCUGCAGAAAUCAGAAAAAAAUCCCGCAAAAUCCUGGAGGGACUGAUAAACGCAUACUGUCCGCUCAAGUGGACAUCUGGAAAUCUCUUUAGAAAAUAUGUGUAAAAAAAAAAAAAAAAAAAAUCUUGUUUUUCAUGCUCUAAGAGAAAUAAAAACAUGAAAAAAAUCCUGACUGAGAAUAUCAUAAUUCAUGCAUGAAAGGAAUAAGAUGGCAGAUUUAUUGCUAAUUGUUAUUGACAAAAAAUAUAUACACACAC